UCACAUGAUGCGGAUACACUGACAGCAAACAGGAAGCCAUAUGCCUUGGCGAGUGAAAGUGUUCGCGUGUUUUGAAAGAUACGGAUAUUUGAACGGAGUGAUACCGCAGGAAAUUGGUGGGAAAUGGCGACGGACGAACUUGCUAAGAAACUCGAACGAAGAGUGAAUAUCAACGAAGCAGGGGAGGAGGGUACUGCGCCUGUUUUACCGUCAACACAAGUGUGGAACCCUUAUACGGAAUUCAAAGAGUUUACAAGGAAAGAGAUUCAAGGUUUUCAGAAAACUUUCAAUAAGUAUGAUACAGGCAAAGACAAGUACAUUGACUUUGAGGAGUUGAAAGUAAUGAUGGAAAAACUGGGAGAAGCUCAGACACACUUAGGACUGAAGGCCAUGAUCGGGGAAGUGGAUGAGGAUAAUGAUGGAAAAAUCAGCUUCAGAGAGUUCCUGCUAAUAUUCCGGAAGGCGAGAGCAGGGGAGCUCGAGGAGGGAAGUGGUUUAUUUAACCUCUACCAGAACCUCGAUGAAGUGGAUGUUGACAAGGAAGGUGUAAAGGGUGCUAAAAACUUUUUUGAGGCUAAGAUUGAAAGACAGACACAGGAUAAAAAGUUUGAGGAAGAGAUAAAGAAUGAACAAGAGGAAAAGAAACGACAGCAAGAAGAAGCAAUGGAAAGGAAAAAGGCAUUCAAAGAAAAGGCAACUUUCUUCAAACAGGCAGCCGCUAACAACUGACCAAACCAUCGGAUGUUUACAGGCUACAAGUCACUCAUCCUGAUCUGACCUUCAGGUGACCUUGGAUUGGAUGACUUAACCUCCAGUUAUAAUUAGUUAGAGGACUAUUAAGUUAGAACUUGACAAUUGUUUUUGAUUAACUACUCUCCGCAUGGUUUCUGAGUCACUGAAGUAGGCCAGAUCUUGGGGUCACCGAGAUGUACCAUAUCGAAGGGUGAGGUCUCUGAGUCACUGGCUGUUUGUGAUUGUGUCACUAGCAUUACUAGGUGUACAGUGUAAUCAGAUCUCAGAUUGCUAGAUAUGCCAUGUGAUUGGAUCUCUGGUGCUAGGUAUACUGAAAGAUCAGAUCUGAGGUUGCUAGGCAUACCAUGUGAUCUGAUCUCGGGUUGCUAGGCAUACCAUGUGAUCAGAUCUUGGGUCACCAUCCGAUCUCAGGUUGCUAGGCAUACCAUGUGAUCAGAUCUUGGGUCACCAUCCAAUCUCAGGUUGCUAGGCAUACCAUGUGAUCAGAUCUUGGGUCACCAUCCGAUCUCAGGUUGCUAGGCAUGCCAUGUGAUCUGAUUUCAGGUUGCUAGGCAUACCAUGUGAUCUGAUCUCAGGUUGCUAGGCAUACCAUGUGAUCAGAUCUUGGGUCACCAAGUGUACCAUGUGGUCCGAUCUUUGGUCACCUAUUGUGGUCGGUGAGAUCUUGACUAGUUGGACUUGUAGCCUUUAUAACAUUACAUGUUUAUUAUUUGUAUAAAGAUAUCCUACCUUGAUCCAAACCAGCUGGUAUCGCUCAGAUUUUACUGAUGUAUCAAUAUUUUACAAAUUAAUUAGUAAAUCAAAUAUAGUUUCAGUAGAGAAAGUGUCUAUGUGUUGUAGUUGUAAGUUUACUCUGCUGUGUGUGUUGAGUCAGCUCUAAUGAACUUUCUGAACUUUGAUCUGACUGUGGGGCUUAACACAAUGAGUCGUAGCAAAAGGUGUAGAGUGACCAAAGUGAAAGUUGUAUGUUUGAAUGAGCUGCUAUUUGAUAGUUUUAUUUUGUCAAUAUAGAAGAUUUCAUGCUUGGUAUCUGUUAAAAAUGAUUAUUUACUUGCAGUUAUACAUGUGUGACAGAUAUUCGCUUCAUGGCUGUUCUGAAUGAAAUAUGAUGGAUUCAGAGUAUAGUUCAGAAACUUUAAAGAGCAGGUACUUCCAAACAUGGAAUACCUGUUAUGUAUUAUGUACCCUGAAAAGUGUUGCAAAUUUGAAAGUAAUAGCUUUGUAACCUUAAAAACUGGUAGCUAUUAGAUACAAGUUAUUUUGAAAUGUACCUUUGAAACCGACCUUCUGAAACCAAUGACCUUGACCUUUACAGUAAUGACAUUUAACUUUUAAACCCAGAGUCUAUCAGAUUAUUUCUCAUCUUCUUGUGGUACCACAGUGGUCCUCACUUUUGCAUUGUCUCGAUUGUCCUCUAUUUCACAAUGCCUCGAAAUCCUCUCUGUCCCGAUGCCUCAAUGGUCCUCUCUUUCUGAUUCCUUGAUGGUCCUCUCUUUCAUGAUGUCUCCUUUGUCCUCUCUUUUACAAUGCCUCAAUGGUCUUCUCUUUCACAAUUCCUCGAUGGUCCUCUCUUUCAGAUGCCCAGAUGGUCCUCUCUUUCUGAUACCUCGAUGGUCCUCUCUUUCAGAUGCCCAGAUGGUCCUCUCUUUCUGAUACCUCGAUUGUCCUCUCUUUCACAAUGCCUCGAUGGUCCUCUUUGUCACGAUGCCUCAAUGGUCCUCUUUUUCUGAUGCCCAGAUGGUCCUCUCUUUCUGGUGCCUGGAUGGUCCUCUCUUUCUGGUGCCUCGAUGGUCCUCUCUUUCUGAUACCUCGAUCGACCUCUCUUUCUGGUGCCUCGAUGGUCCUCUCUUUCUGAUGCCCAGAUGGUCCUCUCUUUCUGAUACCUCGAUGGUCCUCUCUUUCUGGUGCCUCGAUGGUCCUCUCUUUCUGAUGCCCAGAUGGUCCUCUCUUUCUGAUGCCCAGAUGGUCCUCUCUUUCUGAUGCCCAGAUGGUCCUCUCUUUCUGGUGCCUCGAUGGUCCUCUCUUUUCUGAUGCCCAGAUGUUCCUCUCUUUCUGAUGCCCAGAUGGUCCUCUCUUUCUGAUGCCUCGAUGGUCCUCUCUUUCUGGUGCCUCGAUGGCCCUCUCUUUCUGAUGCCUCGAUGGUCCUCUCUUUCAUGAUGUCUCGAUGGUCCUCUCUUUCUGAUACCUCGAUGGUCCUCUCUUUCUGGUGCAUCGAUGGUCCUCUCUUUCUGAUGCCCAGAUGGUCCUCUCUUUCUGAUACCUCAAAGGUCCUCUCUUUCUGGUGCCUCGAUGGUCCUCUCUUUCUGAUGCCCAGAUGGUCCUCUCUUUCUGGUGCCUCAAUGGUCCUCUCUCUCUGAUGCCGCGAUGGUCCUCUCUUUCUGGUGCCUCGAUGGUCCUCUCUUUCUGAUACCUCGAUCGACCUCUCUUUCUGGUGCCUCGAUGGUCCUCUCUUUCUGAUGCCCAGAUGGUCCUCUCUUUCUGAUACCUCGAUGGUCCUCUCUUUCUGGUGCCUCGAUGGUCCUCUCUUUCUGAUGCCCAGAUGUUCCUCUCUUUCUGAUGCCCAGAUGGUCCUCUCUUUCUGGUGCCUCGAUGGUCCUCUCUUUUCUGAUGCCCAGAUGUUCCUCUCUUUCUGAUGCCCAGAUGGUCCUCUCUUUCUGAUGCCUCGAUGGUCCUCUCUUUCUGGUGCCUCGAUGGCCCUCUCUUUCUGAUGCCUCGAUGGUCCUCUCUUUCAUGAUGUCUCGAUGGUCCUCUCUUUCUGAUACCUCGAUGGUCCUCUCUUUCUGGUGCAUCGAUGGUCCUCUCUUUCUGAUGCCCAGAUGGUCCUCUCUUUCUGAUACCUCAAAGGUCCUCUCUUUCUGGUGCCUCGAUGGUCCUCUCUUUCUGAUGCCCAGAUGGUCCUCUCUUUCUGGUGCCUCAAUGGUCCUCUCUCUCUGAUGCCCAGAUGUUCCUCUCUUUCUGAUGCCCAGAUGGUCCUCUCUUUCUGGUGCCUCGAUGGUCCUCUCUUUCUGAUACCGCGAUGGUCCUCUCUUUCUGAUGCCCAGAUGGUCCUCUCUUUCUGAUGCCCAGAUGUUCCUCUCUUUCUGAUGCCCAGAUGGUCCUCUCUUUCUGAUACCUCGAUGGUCCUCUCUUUCUGAUACCUCGAUGGUCCUCUCUUUCUGGUGCCUUGAUGGUCCUCUCUUUCUGAUACCUCGAUGGUCCUCUCUUUCUGAUACCUCGAUGGUCCUCUCUUUCUGAUACCUCGAUGGUCCUCUCUUUCUGAUGCCCAGAUGGUCCUCUCUUUCUGAUGCCUCGAUGGUCCCGCCAUUGUCCCUUGACAUGAGCAAUCCUCUAUACAUGUACAUGUACUCUGCCUGCCUCCAGAAUUAUCACAGCCCUUAGGCACUUCAUAAGAUUAAACCAAUUGUUUGUAAUAUGAUUUGUGAAACAAUGACUUGGGCUUCCAGUGUUACAGAUUGUCUACAGUAUGGUAGAUUUAAUGACAUUCAAACAUUCCUUUUUUGUAUAGAAUCUCUAAAAAGAUUAUAUUGAGUAGAUUUUUUUUUUAAAUCAACAAAAUCAUUUUCAUCAUUUAUCCAAUCAGGAUCGGAAUAAUCUCAAUUCCUCAUUGAUUGGUUAACACAUGAAUCUAGUGCCAUCUUUCUGUGCCAUCUUUCCAUUGUUCUCCAGCACAAUAACCCUGUUUUCAACAACUGCAACUACUUAUACCUUGUGAAAAAUAUAAUCAGUACUAUGUGCUUUAUCAGCUUAGUGAUGCUUAAGUACUCAAUUUCAUUAUGUAAAUGAUAUAUCUUUUCAUUUUUUUAAUGCUAGGUCGUUUUUUCCUAAUUUCUUUGUAAUUUGUGUAAUUUUCUAUGAUUUGAGCUUUCCAUACAUUCUGUUGUCUCCCCUUAACCUUUUAUUGGUCUUUUUCCUGCAGAAAUGUUUACCUGGUAGUUAAUUUCUGGUUUUUUUUUCCCCUUUUUUUUCCCAGUUUAUCAAUAUAACCGUACUGUAUUCUUACUUACUAGUCAAUUUGUUUUGUUUAUUAUCUUUACCAGCCUCUUUAUGAAUCAGUUUAUGAAAUAUGCUCUUUUGUCACUUACCGAAGUGGGACAGUUGUCUUUUCCUGUCUCUGUACAAAAUGUGUUGAUUCUUUUAUUCUUACAGAUAAUAUACAUUGUCUUUGAUCUGAUCGUGCAAUUUUCUCGAGGUCAUACUCAAAUGUUGAAAAAAUAUCAUCAUGAUGUUAUUUUAAUAUUGUUAUGCUUUUAAUAUUAUAGAACUUGAGUAAUAUUGACAAAAUCUUUUAAUCUAAAGAUAAAACAAGUUAUUUCAAUAGAAUAUAUAUCCAUGGGAGGACUCCAAAAAUAAAGUCUUUGCAUGAUUGCUGUUGAGAAAGACAUGGCUUAAAAUAGGGUUUAAAAGAGGGUACCGUUUCCAUAAAAUCAAUUCUUUGAUGUUUCUUGAUUGACAACCUGAAGUCCUCCUGUUGGAUGGAUAUUUUACUGGAAAUACCUUAAGGUAAAAUUUUGUUAAAAGUUCCUUUAAAUUUGAAUUUUUGUUGCAUCAUUAAUCUGGCGUAAAUUUUUAAAAAACAUUGUUUUAGUUUAAUCAUGGACUACUCCGUGGUUUAAUAUUGACAUAAUUUCAUUGUUCAAUUUUUACCUUACACUUGAUUAAAGAUUAAAAGGGUAACUU